CUGUGCGAAACUUAAAUUUUUUGUAUUAUCAAUAAAAUUCCAUUUACGUAUGUAUCGCAGUUGUAUAGAGAUGGUGUAAAGAUAUCAACGAAACUUGAGAUUACAAAGAAUAACGAACUGUUAUAAGGUGUCUUUUCAGAUAUAAACGGUGUAAGCCAUGUGUUCCCAUGAGAACAUCACAUGGACAAUCACGGACAAUUCUGUUACAGACAGGAUGCUCGAGAACUCCCUGAUACAUAAAUUUAGGCCAUCACGGAAAAUACGAAAGAGCACAAAACUACUCAAUACUAAAAUAAAAAAACAUUGUGGUGUGAAAGAUUAUAAGCACUAUGUAGAAUUGAAAACCAAUGUCAUACGAAACUUAGUAAAAGAUACUGAUACUAGUGAUAGUAGCAGUCUCAGUGAUGUCGAUUACGAUAUUAUAUAUAAUUCUUCAUCAAAACGAGCCAAAUAUAAAGCCAGAAGUUUUCAGAAUUAUGUUUCUAUCCGCAAGAAGGACUAUGAAGGCUGUAACAGAAGAAUUAUCAUACAUAAGAAGAAAAGCAGAGGCAGAAGUACAGAAAAAAAAGUACAAGUGAGAAGAUCGCUGCGAUUGAAUCCUGCAGUGUCUGAGGAAUGUAUUAAUACAGACUGGCAAGAAGUUACAAACAAGAACAAUAGUGUAUCACGUAAACGAUCACAUACAAAUAUCUCAAAUAAUAAAAAAAAUAUUUUGAAGGAUAAUGAUCGUAUUCAUUUGAAAGCUCAAUCUAGUAAGCAAUCUCUUUCUUCACAAUUUGAUUCUCAAAUCGAUUCGGCAUCUAGUAUAAUAAAAUCUGGAAAUAAAUAUGUGAGACGGAAUCACGAAGACUUUGAUGUAAUAGAUAAUAAAUUAAGUUCCGAAGAUAAUAUGAUAUCCAAUAAAACAAAACCUGUGAGUAAAAGAAAAAUUGAACUUAAUUCUCAUGGUUUACAUUAUUAUUCUCUACCUCAAUCGAUAAGUUUAGAAAAUAAUACUAAUUCUGAUAAUGAAUUAAAUUCCCUUGUUAAAUCAAAAGAUGACGUCAACGAAUCAACUGCAGUAAUUGAAAGUUCGAUAAACUCGAAGAAUUGUGACAGUGUUUAUAUGAAUCACAAAUCAAAAUUGUUAAAAAAUGUUAAAAGAAACUUGAUAAUAGUGCUAGAGAAAGUCGAUUCCAUGAAUAAUAGUAAAAAUGCAACAGAUAAAAAUAUAGGAGGUGAAUUAAGUUAUGAUCAGUUACUUCCAGAUAUCGUAAAUUUUGAUCGACACCACAGUACACCAUUAAAGAAAAUACAAACAAAUGUACCUAAUAAAGAUUUGUCAUCAGAUGUUUUGCAAGAUCAGCAAAAAGACUCUGGAAUUGAUGAAGAUUUGGAAGAUAGGUUGGUCAAGAUCAAAAAAUCUAAUAAGACUCCAAUGAGUCAGAAUAUGGAGAAAAACGCGAAUAAAAUUCUUAUUUCCUCUCUUGAACUGAACAAGAUUGAUGAAGCACUCGAAACAAUGGAAGAUAGUGAAGAAGUUGUAAAGGAUCCACGAUUUAAUGACAUUUUAAGAGAACAAAUUAACAAAGAAGAGAGGACACCUUCUGGAGAAGAAAAAAUGGAAAAUUCCUCCCAAUUAAAUCAAAUUGAUAUGAACGUAGAAACAAAUGAGCAAGAUGAACAUUUUGUAAAAGCGAAAGAUUCAAGUGAUAUUCUAAAACAGCAAUUGUUAUCUCCUAAACAAGAUUGUAUGAAGGAAGCUCAUUCGAAACCUUGCAGUCUUAUGCUGAAAAAGGAAGAAGAUAUAUCUCUCCAAUUAAAGGAAGAUAAUGCAAAGGUUGAUGUAGAGGUUCCUUCAAUUAAUCACAAAGGAAAACAAAAUACCAAAGAAGAAAAAGAAUCCUCCGAAGAAAAAAUAAAAAAUUUCCCUCAAUUAAAUCAGAUUGACAAUGUCACAGAGAUUCAUUCGAUAAAUCAUGAAGAUCGAACGCAUUUCGUGAAAUCAGAAAACUUAUGCGAUGUUCAAAAACAGCAACUAUCUCCUAAGGAAAAUAUAAAAGAUGUUCAUUCAAAAUCUUACAAUAAUAUGUUAGAUAAAAAUAAUAGACAAACAAAUGAUGAGGAAGAAGAAAAUAAUUUCUUCCAAUUAAAUCAAGUUGAUAAGAAUGCAAAGAUGCAUUUAAUAAAUCAAGAAGAUAAAACUUAUAUGAAACAGGAUACACAUGAUACACAAAAACGUCAAACUUCAUUACCUAAAAUUAUGUGCACUGAAAUUCUAAACAAAAAAUAUAAGCUAACAUAUAAGAAAGACAAUGUCGUCAAGAGUAAUAUAGAAAAAAUUGAUAAAAUUGAUAGUACGAACAUUAGCAAUGAAAAUGCUUCUAUAAAAAAGAAUACUUUAAUACAUUGUCCAGAUAUCGUUGAUCAUAAUACUGAUAAUUUGCAAGAAGCAGAGGUAAAUGAGGAAGAAAUUGAAACACCAAUGGCAUUAGAAACUGAUAAUGAAGAGAAUAAUAUGAACUAUAUGUCACCUCAAACUAAAAAGCGACUUCAGCAACAAGCAACAUUGAAUUUAGUAGUAAACAGCGAUUCCAGUGAAAGUGACGAUGAAUAUGUAACCACCAAAACCUCGCAAAAACAUAUUGAUAGUUCAAAUACGAGUUAUUGCAGUGAAGACGACAACUUGAACAAUGAUGAAAUCAACUGCGCUCCUAAACAAACCAAUGUAGGGAAAAUAUUUGCAUUUGUAAAAAGGCUACAUCAGAAGAAAUAAUUAGAUUCAACGAACACGAAGGAAGACAUGAAAAAGACUGAAUCAUUAAUAAGUUGUACAUAUGCGAAUAAUGAUUCAUUGCAAUCUACAACAAACAAAAACUCACUACAGGAAACGUCAAAUUGUGAAAAUGUACAUAAUGAUAACCGAAGUCAAGAAAACUUAAUUGAAAGUCUUCAGUUAAAAGUUUCUGAUAGUGACGUUUCGUGCAAUAGUAAGAAAUCUAUUAAUGAAUUUCAAAAACACAAACAAUCUAUGUUAGAUAAGGAGAACGUAUGUACUAAAAGUAAUCAGAAUGAAGAAGCAAUAAGCACUGAAUUUAAGACAAGAUAUGAAUCUGAAUACGAGCAAAGUACACAAGCAUCAGUCAAAUGUUCAAAUACACAUCUUAAUAGCUCUUGCCAAUAUAGACCACGCAAUUUACAACAACUAAUCGAAGAUCAAGAUUUGUUUGUAGAAAAAAUACCAGCAAGUUUUACAUUAGCCGAUCUUUCUGAAGACGAAGAAGCUUUUAUUUUAAAUGUUCCAAGCAAGGUACUGCAAAGCAAUUUGCAAGGUCAAGUACUAACAUUAAAAGAGAAAUCGAUAAAACUCAAUGAAAGUAAAUACAGAAUUGUUCGCAAAGAAGUGGGUACCACAUCUUGCAUUUUUGCUACUGGUAAAAAACAGAAACCUUAUAAGAUCAUAAAUAUUAAAAAUAUCAGUACUAUUACUGUACGAGAAAAAUUGCCACAAGAUUCGAGAAAGUCAAAUGUAUUGAAUUCUAAUAAUACUGUUUCUUCUGUGCCAAAAGCACUGAACAAAAACCAACAAACAAAUACAGAGAGAAAUUCAAAAUCAGUGAAAAUUUCCAAUAAGAAGCGCAAACGAGACAAAAGUUCAGAUCCUGAAACUUAAUAUUUAAAAUGAAGAAGGAACA